AUCCGGUUCGAGGACUACCACGAUGAGGACACGCAGAUUCAGGUCAUCAUGGACCUCGUGGAUAACGAGCUGAGCGAGCCGUACAACAUCUUCACGUACCGGUACUUCGUCAACAACUGGCCCAAUCUCACGUUCCUGGCGUGGCACGGCGAUAAGUGCGUCGGGGUGAUCAUUUGCAAGCUGGACCAUCACAAGAGCGGGACCUACAGGGGGUACGUCGCCAUGCUCGUGGUGCUAAAGCGGUACCGCAAGCUCGGACUGGGGCGCGAGCUGGUGCGACGGUGCCUGACGGUGAUGCAACGCGAAGGCGCGGAUGAGUGCGUGCUGGAGGUUGAGUACAACAACGAGGGAGCGCUGCGCCUGUACCAAUCCCUGGGGUUCAUACGGGACAAGAGGCUGGAGAAGUACUACCUGAACGGACACGACGCGUUCCGCAUGA